UUGUUGUUAAUGAUUAUGACACCCACGGAAUAACUAAAUUUUCCUUUAUAUAUGGUUUUGUCUCCAAGGUUUUAGCAGAAGAAGAGAGUUGUUUCUGAUUUUGUUUUAAGGAGUAGCCAAGGAUGGGAAUUUUGAAGAAAAAAGAAAGACCUUUGCCCAUUUCCAAAGGUUGUGAAGUAGAAGCCUCUCCUGGAGAAGAUGGGUUCCAAGGUUCUUGGUUUAGAGCUAUCCUCGAGCAAGAUCCGGAGAAAGUGAAAGAGGAAAAGCUUCGGGUCUGUUACAAAACUUUGCUCGAUGAAGACGGUGUAAAGCAUUGCAGGGAAUAUGUUGAAAGAUGUUUCAUUAGACCCGUCCCGCCAGAGUGUCCGAACGAAGGAGUCGAAUUCAAGGAAGGGGUGGUGGUGGAUGCUUAUCUCAAUGAUGGAUGGUGGAAUGGUGUUAUCGUAGGUGAAGAGGCAGAUGGAAGUUUUUUGGUUUACUUUGAUCAUCCACCAGACAUAUUAAAAUUCGACAAAACCCAACUGAGACCUCAUCAUCAUUGGACCGGCUUUACAUGGCAGAAAGAAAAAGACAGGGAAGUAAGUAAAGACAUGUUUAGCACAGUGAAAUUGGUGGAAGUGACUCGUACGAUUGGUAAAAAGGAAAAUGUUUGGGUCCAAUCAUUAGUAGUUAAAGAGAUUCAAGGGGGUGAUAAAAGAGAAUUUUUGGUUAAGAAAUAUUUGGGUCCAAGCUCACAGCAUUUGAGUGAUGGUGAGGAAGAGAAAUGUACAGCAGUUGACAUUUGCAAAAUCAGGCCAUCUCGUCCUCUUAAUCUCUGUGCAGAGUACGAGUUGCUAAACAUUGUUGAAGUGUUUGUUGGAUAUGGUUGGCGCAAAGGUGUAGUGAGGGAAGUUGACAUAGACAACAACUACAAAGUGUGUUUCGAGGACACAAAAGAAGAGGCGGUUUUUAAAAACUCUGACAUUAGGCGGUUCAUGGAGUGGCAAAACAAUGUUUGGGUUGAAGCACAUAUGAAAGGAUUUGAAAACGAAGACAAUGCAAAUGUUCCUACCCCAGCCAUAAGCUCUGACGUGACGCCUCGAGAUACCCUGAACAAGAAUCAUGAAAUGGAUAAUGGUACAACAAUUGAUGCUGAGCCCCCAAUAGGUGAAAGGAUGAGUACUUCUGCUGAUAAAAUUUUCUUGCCAAAAAGAAUGUUCGAACCUGGUUCAGAGAAAGGAGUUUUGCAACGAGUCAAUAAGCAUUGCACCCUUAAGUAUGUUGCUAUUGUUAAAGAGGCUUUGGGCAGUGAUUUCAAGAAGAUUGAAGAUUCGUUCUUAGGCCCUAUAAUUCAGAUGGGGAUGAGGAAUAGCGCUAUGGUGUUUUCAAGGAAUCUGAUCCAUGAGUUGCUUCUUAGGAGAAUUAAAGUAGGCAAGAAGACUUUAUGGUUUUCUUUUGGAGAACAGUUGAUGCGGUUUUCUCUACGAGAAUUCCAUUUGGCAACAGGUCUACCUUGCCUUGUUGGCGAAGAAGAAAAAGAAGAAGAGGCUUCAGCAACGAAAAAUAAGAAGAAGGAUCCAUGGAUGGUGAAGAAUCAUACUGUGAAGACCUUGGUUAAACUAUUUGUUAAAAAUAGUAAGGAAUUUACAGCUAACCAGAAGCUGAGAUUAGGAGCUACUAUCCUUGUGGAAUCGAUAUUGAUAGCCAACAAUCCAGUUAAUAUAAUACCCGUUGAGAGACUGCUGAGAGCUAGAAACUUUGAAGAGUUCUGCAAGUAUCCCUGGGGGAAUGAAACCUAUGAAGCUCUACGUGCUGCAGUGGAGAAGAUUGAAGCUACAGAUUUGGUGAAGGUGCAAUAUGGAAUUUCUGGGUUUAUAUAUGCCAUUCAGCUUUGGGCUUUGUCUUCUGUGGAUCAACUUGGCUCAUUUUUUGGUGAUGAAGAUGAAGAAACUCAGUUUCCAUUGUGCUUGCAUUGGAUAGGAACAAAAUCGCCUACUUUGGAUGAGGUGACCAAAAUUGCUGGAAACAAAAAGGUUGUUGCCAAAUGCAUCCUUGGAGAUCAGGAAUUGCAUAGCAACUUGGUUGAAGAAGAUGUCGACACUGAGUUUGGAAAAGUUGUUGAUCUUGUCAAGAGAGGAUAUCGUUUGAAGAGACAAGAUUGGCGUAGUGGAAGUGUCAACAUUGCUGUUGCGGAAGCUGAGAUAGAGGAAAACAAUUAUGGUCCAGGGAGUGAUGCAACUGAUAAAGAGAAGAUUGAAUUCCUCACCAAGCAGCUAGAGAUUUAUAAAAAAAAAGUGGAGAAGCUUGAAGAUCGUCUGGGCAUUCGUCGAGAAACCGAGAAGGAAACUGAUGAGUUUCAUGAGACUCCUCAAGGUGCCACAAAAACCAAGGAAAAUGAUAAGCAUCAGGAAAGGGAAUUGGAGGAGAAUGAAUGUUUGCAGUCUUUCUUUGAUUCCAUAAGGCAACAAGUUUCUAAGAAAAAGACUCAAGAUAAAGAAGAACAACUAGUGGAUAAUGAUGCAGAUGACAGUGAAAAAGAACGAGAAACUUCAAAAGACAAAGAAGUAAGUUAA